AUGAAAAGCACACGAGAUGAUGAAGAUCUCAAUGAGAUCCGAGAAAAAGGUUAUCGUGUUAUUAUAACAAUCUCUGGAGUUAUUUCAAUUUCUUCCCUAUUAGUUUUGAUUCUUUUUGUUCCAUCAAUGUAUAAUUAUGUAGACAAUAUUUCGAGGUUUUCAAGAAAAGAUUUUACAUUCUGUCAGGUUAGUUGUUCAAAUGUGGAUCUUUAUUUAAAAAAUAUUUUUGAAGAAUUCUGUCGAAGAUUUGGAAAACGAGAUGAGUUCAAUGCGUGAACAAAUUUUGAAAGGAAGAAAUGGAACAUCAAAACGUGCUGCUGGAUAUGGCCAUUAUAAUCCAUCAAUGUUGGCUAAUGAAUCACCACAAUUCCAAGAAUGCCCAGGUAAAACUAAAUCAUCGCUUUCUCAAACUAUAAUCUUCAAUUUCAGCUUGUUGUAUUCCUGGAGAACGUGGACCACCUGGAGAUUCUGGACUUCCAGCAAUUCCUGGAUCACCUGGGCCUGAUGGAGCUCCAGGUCGCCCCGGAACUACACCAAAUGCCACUUGUAUCCCAGAACGUGUAUUUGAACCACCACCAUGUUUGCCGUGUCCACAAGGACCACGUGGAGUUCCAGGACAUCCAGGAUUCCCUGGAGAUUCUGGAGAGGCUGGUAUUUCUGGUAGACCAGGAUCUGACGGACUUCCUGGAAAACCAGGAGAGCCUGGACCACCUGGGCCACAUGGGCCACCAGGAGAAGCUGGACCGAUUGGAGAUAAAGGAAGAACACCUGAAGCACAUGUUAUUCCUGGACCACCAGGAGAUGCUGGACCACCUGGACCGUGGGGACCACCAGGAUCAUCUGGUAUGCCUGGAGAAGAUGGAUAUUCUGGAACACCAGGAGAGAAAGGAUGGCCAGGACCGCCAGGAGCACCCGGACCAAUGGGAUUACCUGGACCAGUUGGACCAUCUGGAGAACAAGGACCAUCUGGAACACCAGGAACAUGUGUUUGUCAAGAUACUGAAGUUGUUAUUAAUGAUGAGAAGGGAAGAAUUCCAGCACCAAGAGAUAAUGUGAGAAUAAUCAGUUGGUUUUGAAAAAUUACCUAAAUAUAUAAUUUUAGGUCGCUGUCCCAGCAACUGGUGGAAGCUACGAGCCAAGUGCUGGUUCUCGUCCAUCUUCAAUUGCUGCUGACCAAAAUGACGGUUACGGUAAUGGAGAAGCAUUUUCCGAUGAGCGCCACGACAACAAAAAUAAUGGAGGAUAUUAUCACUUGAAAAAGUAUCGCCAUAUGACACAAUAG